UCUCGCGGUAUUUGACAGCUUGGAAUGCUGGGUUGUUUACAUUACUGGCACACGAGUCAGGAGCGUGUGGUGUUGAGAAGGGCCUAGCUAGAGACUACCCGAAAGCACGUACACAUCUCGGCUGGCUCUACAGCACAGGCUCUCUCUCCGAAAAAAACUUUUCAGCACUCAGUCAACUUGCCACGCAAGAAGAGAGGCCCGCCGUGUCCACUUUUAGGAGCGACCUUGGAGAGAAAAGGGAAAGUCAAAACAAAGACAACCGCCAUAACCAUCAGGAGAAACUUUCAACGUGAAGAAGGAAUAGCUUAGCAACAGAGUCCCACUUCCUGAGGUGGAACGGAUCAAGCUCCUAACACCGUGGAUAUGGACAUGCAGCCACAAGGACAGCAUGCAGCCGUGCCAGUCUUUCAACCCCAGAAACCAUUGCAACCAGACAUGGGCCAUAACUCGCUGGCAAACUUCCAGAUUGAGAAGAAGAUUGGACGGGGCCAGUUCAGUGAGGUGUACAGGGCAAGGUACCUGUUAGACAACACGUCAAUGGCCCUGAAGAAAGUCAAGAUAUUCGACUUGAUGGAUGCCAAAGCUCGGCAAGAUUGCAUCAAAGAGAUAGAUCUCCUUAAGCAAUUGAACCACCCCAAUGUGAUAAAGUACCAUGCGUCUUUUAUUGAGGACAAUGAGCUGAACAUUGUGCUAGAGCUAGCGGAUGCAGGGGACCUCUCACGUAUGAUCAAGCACUUUAAGAAGCAGAGGAGGCUCAUCCCAGAGAGAACAGUGUGGAAAUACUUUGUCCAACUGUGCAGUGCUCUCGAACACAUGCACUCCCGGAGAGUGAUGCACAGAGAUAUCAAGCCAGCCAAUGUAUUCAUCACAGCUACAGGAGUAGUGAAACUAGGAGACUUGGGACUGGGACGAUUCUUCAGCUCCAAAACAACCGCCGCUCACUCACUAGUGGGUACUCCUUACUACAUGUCACCGGAGAGAAUACAUGAAAACGGAUACAACUUCAAAUCUGACAUCUGGUCGCUAGGAUGCCUGCUCUAUGAGAUGGCAGCCCUGCAGAGUCCAUUCUAUGGGGAUAAGAUGAACCUUUACUCCCUUUGUAAGAAGAUAGAACAGUGUGACUACCCCCCUCUUCCCUCAGAUCACUACUCAGAGGAGCUGAGGAACUUGGUAGAUAUGUGCAUCAACCCUGACCCGGAGAAGAGGCCGGACAUCACCUACGUGUACGACAUUGCCAAACACAUGCAGAACCUGACACAGGGCAGCUAAGCCCAGAGUUACACACAUAUAGCUUGCAGAACUCCUCCCCACUUCCCUCCUUGCUUUUCAUGCUGGACUCGUACAAAUCUAUCAGCUUUUAUACAAUAACUAACUCCAGAGUUUAGCUCCUUGUGAUAAGUAGUACGUGUAACAGAUUAAUUUUCAAGCUCAUGGUACAGUCUAUAACAUGACUGACGACCACACCUUUUCUGCCCUAGGAUAAAGAUUAGAGAGAUUAUAUGUUUUUGUCGGAUGGACCUCCCAUUUUCUUAGACUUCAAUAAUGUUACAGCACUGAAAAGCAAGUGUAUUGUAACUCACUAAUGUGUUUAUCUGCAAUGGCUUAAAAACGCCUAUCCUUUGUAUUUAUAUAUAGUGAAGUAAAGUUGUUCUUCAGCAGCUGCUAUGAGCAGAUGCUAUUUAAAGCAAAUAUUGGUAAAGUUAGGCUUUUCUUAUCAUCAAAAGAGUUAAUCAAUGAAAUAUCAGGAACAUAUAAAAAUGACUUUGUGUGGUUUGGCGGCCAUCAUGAAACCUAUGGUCGACAAACGGCACAAAAAAGACCAUGAAAACUUUGAGAACAAUAGUAACAUUGGAGUAAAGAGAUUUUCACUCAAUGGCGGCAAAACUGAGAGACGCAACAGAGUGUUAUUGGUUGAAGCGUUCUAGUGUUGCACUUUUUAUCUUGCUACUGGAAGGCUGGCAGGGUGAUCAUGUCUAAUGAAUGUAUUAGGAAAGGAAGGAUCAUUUAGAGGGUAGAGUACAGAUGUGCCGGGGGGAGAACAUGGGCAAAUGUCUCCACAACACUUUGAAUGUAAGUCAUUUUGACACCUAUGUAUUGUCUUUGAAAAAAUCAGAAUGUCUCUGUUUUGACAGCUUAGAAGGAGUUGUAGAAGCUUUAACAAAAGCCGUUUUACUUCUUCUGUUUACCUUAGUCACUGACACCAAAAGAUUUCCUUCUUGGCUCAACUUAAAGGGAUAGUUCGGAUAUUUUGAAGUGGGGAUGUAUGAGACACUUAUCCACAGUCAGUGUAUUACCUACAGUAUAUUGUGGCUGGCACGCUCCCAGUUUGGAGAAGCAGACAGGAGUACCGACAUUGCUAAGCAAUACUGCUAUGGACGGGUGUUGCAGCAAAAUGUAUUUUAGAUAUAGGAGCACCUAAAAAAAAAUCUAUAUCUGUUGUGUACGCUAUAUUUAGACUAUUUUCACCAUUUUACCUUGCCAUUGUAUACUGUACAUCUAUGCUCUCUUCAAAGCCACCAGACUCCUUUGACAGAAACCGUAAUUUACCUCGCAGAACACGGGAGUUGGUGGUCUACUGCUGCCUCAAUCGGUUAGUUUGUUUGUGUUAUUGUGUGACUUUGGUGAAUCCAAACUAACCCUUUAGAACACCAGUAAUACACUGAUUAUGGAUAAGUACCUCAUAAAACCCCACUUCAAAUAUCCAAACUAUCCCUUUAAGCAAGGUAACUUUUUAAAUCACAAUGAAGACAUAAAAAAAUAAAAUAAAUCAACAAUAGUGUAACAGUUAAUGUUGCUGUGUAAGUUUGCAGUGUAGUUGUCUUGUUAAGUAACAAAUAUGUUGAAGAGAUAGCAGAUCCUUACCUUGUGUUGCCGUCCAGGUCGUUAGUAAAUCACAGCGUGCCUACCUAACUCAGUUGAGAUACCAAAGAGAAAAAUCACGCAUAGAGAGAACAGUUUAUAUAUAUGUUAUGGUAUCUUUUAUGAAAAAUAUAUCAAGGAGUUGUACUGAAAAAAACAAGCACCAAUGGGACUCAUUUUGUUUUACUGUACAUAGCGAAGAAGUUCCUAUAGAUUUAAUACUGUAGGGGUUUAGUAACCCUUUAUUCAUUUGGAGGAAGGAAACAGUGGUAUCUAUGGAUUUCUUUUUUUUAUUUUUUUAUUUACAUUUUUUUUUUUUUUAAUACAGUGAAUAGGUUUAUACCAGCACUGACUACCACUGGUUUACUUAAUGACAAUGACAUCACAUGAAAGGUAUAGUAUGUAAACAUUGAUCAAUAACGCUUUAUUUCAGUGUCUUAUCAAUUCUCUUUUAACAUUAUCAAAUAGCCUGAUAACCGCUCGUAUAAAUUAUUGUAUGCUCAUGUUUCUCAUGUUUUGUUUUUUAAAGAAUUGACAACCAAUACUAUUAAAAUGUCUUCUAUGAAAAAAUCAAAGCUUAUAGAUGCAAGAAAAUGUAAGUUAUUUUGUUUUUGGUCAACAGAAUAUUUUGAUAGUGUGUUGAUAGUAGUUCUUUGUCUGAGACUUGCAGAUACAGUGUUUGCAGUUUUUGUUUGCAAUUGUACAUCUUGUUUUCUCCCCCCCCAUUUCAAUUAUUAUCUUGAUUUUUCAUCUUCUUCACCCACAGUGCUGUUUAUCUUUUAUCUCUACAUUCUCUAAACAAGAGCAUCUGUAUAGCACCGAAACAUUUCAGUAUUUUUUUAGAUAUUGAGUUUUGAUCCUAUACAGAACUCUGUAAAUAAACUGGUAGUAUUUAAUAGUGAAAUACCAAGCAAUUAAUGCCCUUUUACAACAACAAAAAGUUAAUAAUAUUGAACCAAAUGUAUAUAUCAUGCUUUUAUCCGUCGCCUUGUUAAGAACAUGCAUUAUGUGAUGUCAUGUUUUGGGUUUUCUUUUUUUAAAUCCUCAAUUGGAGGAGGUUUAUAACAGUGCUAAGUCACUUUACGGAUUAUGGCCAUUUCUUGUGUAGUGAGUGUUUUUUUUUUUUUUUUUUUGUCUUUAUGUAACAUAUGUCAGUGCUUUCUUGUGUCCCAGCCUUUUACCUCUGCUCAGUUUACUUUUCCACAUGUCCUCUGAAGUUGGUAUUAAAGUGUUCAGGUUUUCCUGGAAAGUCAAAUAUUACAAAUACUAUUUAUUGUUUUGGUAGGUUGGUUGUUUUUCUCAACAUUUCAUGUCAACUUAAAGACCCUCAUCACAAACGCCUUGUAUGCUAACUAAAUACAAUAAAGCUUUUAAAUUCUGUUUGGA